CACGAUCCUCGCCCGAACCAGUUCCGCGUGCACCACCGUCCCCACCGGCCGCGCCAGUGCGCGACCAGGCCUUUUCAGUUUCUCAGUUCCGCGGGUACCACCCUGCGACGUUCAAUGGGCAGGGAGACCCGAGGCUGGUCGACGUGUGGCUGCGCAGCCUUGACAUGAUUUUUGAGGUGAUGGACUGCCUCGAGCCUCACAGGAUCAUGUGUGCACAACUACAGAUGAUAGGGGAUGCAGGUCUCUGGUGGCAUUCGUAUUGGGAGAUGCGACCCGAGGAGAAGCUAGCCCUCACUUGGGCUGGUCUGAAGGCGCUCCUCCGGGAGAAGUAUUACCCGGCCCACUACAGAGAGAGGAUGGAGAGGCAGUUCUUAGCACUGGAGCAGGGUGCUAGGACUAUCGAUGAGUAUGAGAGGGACUUCACUCGCCUCGGCUUCUUCGUGCCUUACCUGAUUGAUACGGAGGAGACGAGGGCGAGGCGCUUCAAGGGCGGUCUUCGCGGGGAGAAUCUGUUGGGUUCGAUAUACCGUACGGAACAGA